CUUAAAUAAUAUGGAAGAUUCUUUAGAUGUAGCAAAAACUGAUGAUUCUUUAAAUAUUGCCGCUAAAGACUGGAAUCGAACUAUUGAAAUUGCUAAAAAGCAUGGUUACAGAGAGGGAGUAGCAAGUGGAGCAGAUUCUGUUUUUCAAGAAGGUUUUGAUAUAGGAUAUAAAGAAGCUUUCCAAACAGCUUUCAUUUUAGGGAAGUUUAAAAGUAUAUUAAACUUUAAUCCACAAGAUGUUAAACUUCCUGAUCACAUAAAAGAAAUUCUUGAUAAAACUAGAAGAGGUGCAUGUUACAUAUGUAUGGAAGAAUCUGAAGGUAGAAAUGAUAUGCAAAAAUCACUGUCACAGAUUAUUAAUGAACAAAGAACAUAUUCUUUAAAUAUUAUACAAACCCUUUAUGAAUACUUUCAACCAUAUGUGAAAGAAUUAAAUAUUAAUGAGUUAGAUGUACUCAAAAUGCAUAAUCAGGUUCAAGAACCUUCUGAAGAUGAGUAAUUUCCUAACUAAAAUGUAAUCUUUUGUAUUUUUUUUUUUAUUAGUAUACAUAAUAUUCGUAUGUUGAGAUUGUAAAUAAAGAAUUAUAGAAUUUUAUAGAUAUAA